AUGCCCGCAUCCAAAUUCGACGUUGAGGAUCCGUUCGAAUAUCACGCCUGUCUGAAUUCAUACCAUGAAUCAGAAGCCGUGAAGGAUGCCCUCCCCAGGCCUCAAAGUCUCCCGCAACGUCACGCGCUGGGCCUCUACCCCGAACGCAUCAGCGGAACAUCCUUCACUGCGAAACGCGCAGUGAACAAGCAGACAUUUCUCUACAGAAUCCUUCCAUCAACCGCCCAGUCCGGAUGGAGCAAAGUCCCCGAGCACCCGCUUAACCACCGUCCACACUUUGAGCUCAACUUUGUCCCCGAUCAGCUAAUCUGGCCUCCUACCGAAGUCCAGGAAGAUAAGACCUUCCUCGGUGGACUACAGAUGAUUGGUGGAGCGGGGGAUCCCACGAUUAAGAACGGCGUCGCGUAUUACUUCUUCACCUGCGGUGUUAGCAUGGAUCAGAAGCAGGCAUUUUACUCUGCUGAUGGGGACAUGCUUAUCGUCCCGCAGAUCGGAGUGUUGGAUAUUCAGACUGAGAUGGGCGAUAUGCGGGUUAGGCCGAGGGAGAUUUGUGUCGUUCCUAGGGGGAUCAGGUUCCGUGUUGCGCUGCCUCAUGGACCGUCUCGUGGACACGUUAUCGAGGCAUACUCGGGACAUUAUGAUGUUCCUGAGCUGGGGCCGAUUGGGUCUUUGGGGUUGGCAAAUGUCCGUGAUUUCGAGAUCCCGAAGGCUAAAUACGUUGAUACCGAAGAGGUCACGGAAGUCAUUGCCAAGUUUGGUGGUCAGGUCCAUAAGACAGAGAUGCAGGGGAGUGCAUUUAACGCUGUUGCGUGGCAUGGCACUUACUAUCCCUUCAAAUACGAUCUCGGAAAAUUUAUGCCCAUGGGCUCAACGCUCUACGACCACCAGGACCCCUCAAUCUACGUCGUUCUAUCUUGUCCCUCCGACAAGCUCGACCACGCCGCAGUCGACUUCCUCGUCCUCGGACCCCGUUGGAUGGUCAUGGAAGAUACGUUCCAAAUUCCAUACUUCCACCGCAACACCAUGUCCGAAUUCUCCUCCGUGAUAAGCGGCGGAUUCGAUCUGUCGCGCGUUCCCCCGCCGAUGUACGGCAUGAGCGGGCUUCACAAUGUCCUGAGCCCGCAUGGUCUGUCGGCUCAUGAGACUGAGAAUGCGAUGAAGAAGGUUCUCCGUCCGGAGCGUGUGCCGGACGACACGAUGGCGAUUUUGGUGGAGAGUUGCUAUCCCAUUGGACUAACGGACUGGGCAUAUGAGAAUGCAAUCAAGCCGAAUAGCGCUCCUGGCUUUGGUGGCUUCAAGCGUCGAUUUAACCCUAAGAUGUAG